CGCGCGUGCGGCUGCACGAGAAGCAGUGGCCAUCAUGGCAGCUACCAAUCUGAGUACAGAUCGCGUGAACGGACUGGAAGAAUUUCGCAAAAGUCAUGAAGAAUCGCCGACCAGGAAGCCAAGUCAGAAAGACUCGAGCAGCAGUAUGGGUCCGGAAAUCAUCAAUACCAGUCCGGAGCAGCAGGAAAUCCAAUGGCUCUAUCUCGAAUUCGAUACCGAACUCCCACAGCCUGUGUACAUAUCACAACCGCAGAGCACCAAGGACAAUGGAAAACCGCCUCCCGAUCCUCCUAAUCUCAAAGACUAUGAGUCGCCUUUCACCUGGUCUCCCUUCCGGAAACGAGUAAUGACAUGGCUGUCUUGCAUCAUCACUCUCUUCACUGCCUUCAAUGCAGGCGCAUACACUUCGGGAAUCGAUCAAAUGACUUCAGAAUGGAACAUUUCCCGUGUGGCAGCCCUCGUAGGCGUCACAACAUUUACAGCAGGUUUUGGCGUCGCUCCCAUGUUUCUCGCACCAUUCAGCGAGAUCAACGGCCGAAGACCCGUCUUUGUCAUCACGGGCGUGCUUUGGGUUGUGUUCCAGAUCGUCUGCGGUGUGACGCCAACUUUUGCGGGCAUGGUUAUCAAUCGAUUCCUCUCCGGAGCGAUGUCCAGUACAUUCAGCACUAUGGUCGGAGGAGUGGUGAGUGAUAUCUACCACGCUAAAGACCGGAAUACUGCUAUGACGCUCUUCACGGCAGCGGCGAUUGCGGGCUCUGGUCUGGGACCUCUGGUUUGCGGAUUUGUCGCGCAACAUACGACCUGGAGAUGGAUCUUCUACUUACAAAUAAUUAUCGAUGGAGUUCUAAUCGGUUUCGUCGUAUUCUUCUUCAAAGAAACGCGAGGUUCCGUCUUACUAUCGAGAAAAGCGAAAAAGCUCAACAAAUACUACGACGCACUGGAACAAGCAGGCUACUACGGCAUGAUCGUUCCCUCCUCGACAGCCAGCAGCUCAACCGGUGCAACCGAAAAGCCCACGAGCCCAAUAAAUCAAAAAGCGCAACGCAUCCGCUACAAAGUCCUCUCCGACGAAGAACGCACCACGCUCCUCACCAUGAUAAAAAUCUCCCUCCACAGGCCCUUCCACAUGCUCUUCACCGAACCCGUAGUCUUCUUCUUCAGCCUCUGGAUUUCCUUCUCCUGGGCAGUCCUCUACAUGGCCUUCACCGCCGUCCCGCUCAUCUACCGCACCACCUACUCCUUCUCCCUACAAUCCACCGGCUCCAUCUUCUCCGCAAUCAUAAUCUCCACAAUCCUCUUCACCAUCCUUUCAAUUUACCAAGAAGACUGGAUUCGACCAUUCCUGUCUGAAAAGCAGAAGAGGAUGUUGGAGACGCCAGAAGGGAGAUUAUAUUUCGCCUGCAUUGAAAGCGCUUUAUUGCCGAUUGGAUGUAUUUGGUUCUGUAUCACGGGAGCAUAUUCUUCCAUUCAUUGGGUCGUCCCUGCGAUCGGAUUAGGAAUUGCCACGAUGGGGAUUUUCUCGAUUUAUUUGGCUGUGUUUAAUUAUUUGGCGGAUUCGUAUCAUCGGUAUGCGAGUUCGGCGCUUGCGGCGCAGAGUUUUUGUCGGAAUAUGUUGGCGGGGGCGUUUCCCUUAUUUUCCGAUCAAAUGUUCAACACAAUGACAUUUCAAGGCGCGGGGGGGUUUCUUGGUGGGAUUGGAUUUUUGUUGACGACUGUGCCUUGGGUUUUGUUGCUUUUUGGUCCGCAGAUUAGGGCGAAGAGUACACUUGCGAGUGAGAUUUUGAAGAAGGGGUGAUAUGGUGACAGGCUUCCUGAAUGAUAGAGAUAGAG